AUUGCGCAUGCGCAUAGGUGCCUAACCGAGCCGAGAGCAACGAGUUGCGCAUGCGCGCUGCCCCCAACCUGCAUUGUGCUAUGGAGGUUUGCUUUCAAUUGGAGAGGGACUGGCAGCUGAAGUCUGAGCUGUCCUGGGGGACUAGACAGGAGCUUAAGACUGGCAAGCCCUGGGCCCGGCAGGGAGAGGCACAGACACAUUGGACUGGCAGACCAGGCAUGGCCAGCAGGAAGACCAAGAAGAAGGAAGGGGGGGCCCUUCGGGCCCAGAGGGCAUCGUCCAAUGUCUUCUCCAACUUUGAGCAGACCCAGAUCCAGGAGUUCAAGGAGGCAUUCACACUCAUGGAUCAGAACCGAGAUGGCUUCAUUGACAAGGAGGACCUGAAAGACACCUACGCGUCCCUGGGCAAGGUCAACGUCAAGGAUGACGAGCUGGAUGCCAUGCUCAAGGAGGCCUCGGGGCCCAUCAACUUCACCAUGUUCCUGAACCUGUUCGGGGAGAAGCUGAAUGGGACUGAUGCCGAGGAGACCAUCCUAAAUGCCUUCAAGAUGCUGGACCCUGACGGCAAAGGCAGCAUCAAUAAGGACUACAUCAAACGUCUGCUGAUGUCGCAGGCUGACAAGAUGACUGCAGAUGAGGUUGACCAGAUGUUCCAGUUUGCAUCCAUUGAUGCCGCAGGCAACCUAGACUAUAAGGCACUGAGUUAUGUCAUCACCCAUGGUGAGGAGAAGGAAGAGUAAGGGGCCACUCAUUCAGGCCUCGGGGCUGCUGCCAGUUUAAUAAAUGUGGACCCACAAACAUGCCUCAGAGUGUUGCCUUGUGGGGAGGCCUGGGAGUGUCUGUAUCUACUGAGGGUCCCUCUGCUUCCCCUGCCCAGCCAGCCUGGCUCCACAGGUUCUCACCACCAGUCUUAGCACCAGAUUCAGGGUCUGGUCAUUCCUAGUUAACAGAGGUAGAGAGGCUAUAGGCUGUACCCCUUCCAAUAAGGCCUCCCU